GAGAAGCUCAUCAUCCCAUGAUAUAUCACAGUAGUUCCUAAUAUUACCAAAAAUUCUCAUUUCGUUACCAAGCCAGCUCUUCUGUUUUGUCCUUUUCUUCAUUUGUUUAAGCUUGUUCGGAAAUUUUGGAUCUUUCCUUGUCUCCUGUAAUUGUCAUUACCGAAUUCUUUAUCUUCUUUUCGAAGAUCGGUGUUGAAAACCCCUCCAAAAUUCUGGCCUACUACAACAGCUUCUGCCCACCGAAUGAGGAACAGUUUUUUUUUCAUGCUAAGCUCACACCAUUUUCGUGAGCUGAAGGCCAGAAAAAAACCCUAGUUUCUCGGCUCUCUGUGUGUGUGUUAGAAAGGGAGAGAGAGAGAGAUCUAGCCUCGUGGUUGCAGAAACUUGAUAUGGGGUUUAGCUAGAAAGAGAAGAAAAGAUGGGGGGUUUCGCUGUUGUGUUCUGUGCAUCUGUUCUUGGGUUUCUCAGAUGGCUCUUGUAAAGCGGAGAAGAUAAAAAAAGGCAGAGAGACAUUGAAUCACACACACAAAUUUUCCAACUUUUUUUCCUCUCUUUUUCCGCCUUCUAUCGCCAUCUCCGAGAAAAAAAAGGCAUCUUGGCUUGCGUGAUGCUCCCAAUUUCUCAUUUCUGAAAAUGGGUUUGGGAAGGAACAAGUGUAUAGCACAAGAUUGAAAAUUCGAACAGGGUUUCUUCAAAUUUUUGGGAGAAUGAAGCAGAAGGGUUUUAGAGAGAGAAGGGUUGUAGGGAAGAAAGUGUUGGUUGCUGUAAGGGCUUCAAAGGAAAUCCCAAGAGCUGCUAUAUUGUGGACUUUAACUCAUGUUGUUCAACCUGGGGAUCGUAUUAAGCUUCUUGUGCUUGUUCCUGCUCACUCCUCAAGUAAAAGGAUAUGGGGUUUCUCCAGGUUCACUAGUGACUGCACCACUGGACACGGGAGAUAUCUCCCUGGAACCAAUUUAGAUCGGAAGGAUGACAUUCAAGAUUCUUGUUCACAGAUGAUGUUUCAGUUGCACAAUGUUUAUGAUGCAGAGAAGAUAAAGGUCAGGAUCAAAAUUGUUUCUGCCCCGCCUGAUGGAGUUGUUGCUUCUGAAGCCAAGAAGGCGAACUCAAACUGGGUGAUACUGGACAGGGGGUUGAAGCAUGAGAAGAAGUGCUGUAUGGAGCAGCUGCAGUGCAAUCUUGUGGUUAUUAACAAGUCUCAGCCAAAGGUUCUUCGUCUCAACUUGAUUAGAAAUGCAGAUACACAACGCCCAGAAGCGAUUUCCAGCCUAUCUGUGAAAGAUGUCGAGGCUUGGGAACAUCCAGAAGAAUCUGGAAAUGUUGGGUUUAGUAUUCAAAGGGAACCAUUUGUGACUCCGGCUAGCAGUCCAGACCAAGAAGGCUCAUCACUGACGACAACCGAUAUUGGAGCUUCUUCGAUAUCUAGCUCUGAUGCGGGAGCUUCACCAUUUCUUGCAUAUAGAGUCCUUGAGAUCCUGAAGAAUGAAAAUUCUUGGAUCAGUGAAGAGAAUAGGAGCUUCUUUGAAUCAGAUUCUGACUCGGAUGGUGAAAAGUGGAGCCCUUUAUCCAUGGCAUCGUCUUCUCAUCCUGCAACAGCUGAUAUUCUCAGUCCCAGCGGAGAUUUAUCUAAAGUUCCUGCAGAGACUCCGAGAAAAUCCAAAUUUUCAGCUCUGAAGCUCGCAAUCUUGAGAAAAGAACCCGAGAUGGGAAAGCAAAAACAGAAAUCCGAUUUAAGCCUAAACAAAAGCGUACGUGAAGUUGUAUCGUUAUCAAGAAAGCCACCUGCUGGACCUCCUCCAUUAUGCUCGAUAUGUCAGCACAAGGCACCAAAAUUCGGGAACCCACCAAGGUGGUUCACUUAUGCCGAGCUGGAGACCUCGACAAAAGGGUUUUCUCGGGAGAAUUUCUUGGCUGAAGGAGGGUUUGGUUCGGUCCACAAAGGGACCUUGUCCGAUGGUCAAGUCAUUGCUGUCAAACAGUAUAAGAUAGCAAGCACACAGGGUGACCGGGAAUUCUGCUCUGAAGUUGAAGUCUUGAGCUGUGCUCAACAUCGGAACGUUGUCAUGCUCAUUGGAUUGUGUGUGGAGGAUGGGAGAAGGCUGCUCGUUUACGAGUAUAUCUGCAAUGGAUCUUUGCAUACUCAUCUUUACGGUCAGGGUAGAAAACCAUUGGGAUGGUCAGCACGGCAAAAGAUUGCGGUUGGAGCAGCUCGAGGAUUGAGAUACCUUCACGAGGAAUGCAGGGUUGGCUGUAUCGUACACCGGGAUAUGCGUCCUAACAAUAUUCUAGUCACCCAUGAUUAUGAGCCCUUGGUUGGGGAUUUCGGAUUAGCGAGGUGGCAGCCGGAAGGAGACAAAGGAGUUGAAACCCGGGUGAUCGGAACUUUUGGGUACUUGGCCCCCGAAUACGCUCAAAGCGGACAAAUUACAGAGAAAGCUGACGUUUACUCAUUCGGGGUCGUCUUAGUUGAUCUUAUAACGGGACGGAAAGCUAUGGACUUGAAGAGGCCGAAAGGGCAACAAUGCCUAACCGAAUGGGCGAGGCCGUUGCUUCAGAAACACUCGAUACACGAGCUUCUCGACCCACGUUUGAUGAACUGCUACAAAGAGGAGGAAGUUUACCGAAUGGCUUGGUGUGCUUACUUGUGUAUACGUCGUGACCCUUAUUCCAGGCCGCGAAUGUCCCAGGUGUUGAGGAUGUUAGAAGGAGACAUUGUCAUGAACCCAACGAACAACUAGCCGUUGUGAGCUUCGGAAGCUUGGUUAUGGAGUUUCAGACAAAGAUGGAUUGGUACUGGUAAAAGUGUAAGUUUCUGUCUGUAGAAUUCUGUUCCAUGUUCCUUGUUCUGGGUUUGUGAAUAUGUGUAAGUCCCAUUGGGACAUAUAGCUUCAAAUAUGAUAACUUUAGGGUAUCUUUUCAAAAAAAAAAAAAUUAUCAAUUUGAGUACCUUAAACUAGUAUUAUACUCUUAAGUGUGGGUGUGGUGUUGGUUGAUCAAAUCACUAAAUAAGUAAACAAAGACCCUUUUUUUCCCUC